AUGGUUACGGAUUUGAGUGAUAAGAAUAAGAUCAGUUUCAUUGACGGAUCUAUCCUAAUGCCAAACGACUCCUCGAUAGCUGAGUUACAACAAUGGAUUCGCUGUAAUAAUAUGGUGAAAUCAUGGUUGCUUAGUUCUCUUUCAAUGGAUAUACAUCAAAAUAUGAUCUAUAAUGAUCUCGCAUAUGACAUUUGGGCAUACCUAAUGGAACGUUUUUUACAUGUCAAUAAUCCCCAUGUGUUCCAAAUUGAGCGAAGUAUUUACAAACUGCUUCAAGACACCAUGUAUGUGGUGACUUAUUUUACCAAAUUGAAGGGGCUUUGGGAUGAACUAUCUGAUUUAUGCGUCAUUCUUGCAUGCUCUUAUGGGGCCAGGAAAGAGAUCCAACAGUAUCAACAACGUCAGAAAACCAUGAAGUUCCUUAUGGGUCUCAAUGACUUAUACCAUGUGAUUCGUGGACAGAUUCUUUUAAUUGAUCCAUUACCUUCUGUUAACCGAGCAUACUCUUUGGCCAUGGCACAGGUUAAGACAAUUACCCGUCGACAGUAUCCGAGGAGGGUACGACAGCGUGUAGAGGAGCCAGCAGAGCCUUCUUAUGCCCAGGAUCCAGAGCAGGCUAAGCAGCAUGAGCAGUUAUAA